CUUUGGCCGUCCUGAGGUGGAGGGGCGCUGGGAGCGAGUGCGGCUAACGGGAGGGGCCCAGCUGGCAUUGGUUAGGGGUCAGCUCGUCCAGCGACCCUCGGUUGAGUGCUGGAACAGAGUGUCCCCACAGGAGCCUGUCGUGCCUUUCUCGAGGCAAAUCGUAGUCAGCCUCGUCUUUCAGGGCCCAGAUCCAUUUGGGGUGCUUAGCCUUGGGCGUGGGCAGUGUACGCACGGCUUCGCGGGGUCGUUCGGGGGGUUCAGGGAGCCCCUCACCCGGCCAAAGGCGGGACUUCCGGUCCUGGCCCCUCACCUGGGCGGGAUUUCCUGUUUUCUUCCUAGACCCGUGGUUCUUGGCUGGCUCCCGGGCGUGGUGGGGUGCUGAGCCCGACGUUCAGCUCGCCCCAGCAUGCCUUCACUCCCGAUCUGUGGGGUGUCCCACUAGUGACUCUCGGUCACUGGCGGACACUCCCCUGUCUACACCUCUUGAGAGGCCUGUCACCUACGCCCCCCUCCUGGGAAGGUGGAUAUUCGUCUCCUGCCCCAUCUGUCUCCAGGCCUCCGCUCCUAGGAGGCGACAGGAUUUCCUCCUGGAGGGAGGGCCAGGAGACUGCCACUACUUGGCUACUUUCCUGUCGGGUCACGGCCCCGAGUCCCCCGGCCUUUCCAGAGAGGUCCGUGGCGCGGAUGGCGUCGGGGCGGCCAGAGGAGCUGUGGGAGGCUGUGGUGGGGGCUGCCGAGCGCUUCCGAGCCCGGACUGGCACAGAGCUGGUGCUCCUGACCGCCGCGCCCCCUCCACCCCCCCGCCCGGGGCCCUGCACCUACACUGCCCAUGGCCGCGGAGCUCUGGCUGAGGCUGCCCGCCGCUGCCUCCAUGACAUCGCACAGGCCCACAAGGCGGCCGCUGCAGCCCGGCCCCCUGGACCCCCACCUGCCCCACAGCCACCCAGUCCUGUUCCCAGCCCGCCCCGGCCAGCCCUGGCCCGAGAGGAGGAGGAGGAAGAUGAGGAUGAGCCCACAGAGACGGAGACCUCUGGAGACCGGCUGGGCGGCAGUGAUAAUGGAGGGCUCUUCGUGAUGGACGAGGACGCCACCCUCCAGGACCUGCCUCCCUUCUGUGAGUCAGACCCCGAGAGCACAGAUGAUGGCAGCCUGAGUGAAGAGACUCCAGCCGGCUCUACCACCUACUCGGUGCCCCCUGCCUCCGCACUGCCCACCCAGCAGUAUGCCAAGUCCUUGCCCGUGUCUGUGCCUGUCUGGGCCUUCAAGGAGAAGAGGGCAGAGGCACGGUCCUCGGAUGAAGAGAAUGGGCCGCCUUCCUCGCCCGACCUGGACCGCAUCGCGGCCAGCAUGCGCGCACUGGUGCUGCGGGAGGCCGAGGACACCCAGGUCUUCGGGGACCUGCCGCGGCCGCGCCUCAACACCAGCGACUUCCAGAAGCUGAAGCGGAAGUACUGAGGCCCCAGGAGCGAGGCUCCGGGCCACGGCCGCCCGCCUCACACUACGCCCCCGCCCCGCCCCCGGGGCUGGCCAAUCGGAGAGGGGUCGUGGCCCGGCCUUGGGGGGGCCCAGCCAAUCCCCAACUCCCUUCCGGCCUGCCGCCUCCGCGUGAGGGGGCCCAGACUGUCCUGUUUCCUAUUGGUCCGUCGGCCCUUUUUCUGCCCGGCGACAGUCUCUUUCCUCGGUGGGAUUGGCUCGUUCCCCGGGGGCGUGGCUAGUACUGAGCCGCGUCGUUCUCUCGAGCCACCGAGUUUUGAGUCGCGAGACUGCUGCUCCGGGCCCGCAAGCGCCCGGCUGAGCCCCAGGAUUGGCUAGUGGCGUCCACGGCUUGGUGACUGGGCAGCUCUUCCAUGCGACCGGCUCCGAUCAGCCGCGCGGAGGCGUGGCCGAGCACCCCUGCCGAGCCCCGAAUUUACACUACUGGGCCGGGUCUUUUUUUUGCCCGUCCUCACAAUUGUAAGCCUACUUCUCAGGGAUGGCCCAGUCCUGUCCCUGCGUGUCACCGGCCCGUCCCACAACAGCCUGCCAAACAAUCUCGUCCUUGCGUUCAGGACGGUACCAGCUCUCGCCCCUUUCCCCCCACCCCCACAGGUGCCUUAAAGGGCCCUCGUCCACCCUAGGUGGGGGGCAGGGGCUUCACUCUCCUGCCCUGGCGUGGGGAAGAGAGUGGGGUGGGAUUCGGGAGUUGGGAGGGGCGCUCUGAGAUUAAAGUUUUACCUCUGAUA